CAAUCAUUGCUAAGCGAGAGUAAUGACUAAAAUGAUCAAAUUCUUCUUUCAAUGUUUCUUUACACGCCGGGUGAGGAAAUCCCAAAUACGAAGGUCUUGUUUUGCCAGUCUUCCAGUCCAUAUAAUUACCGAUAUUUUUGUUAGACUUCCCAUAAAAUCUGUUCUGAUUUGCAGAUGUGUUUGCAAGCAUUGGAACACAUUGAUUUCUGAUCCAAACUUUGCCAAGUUACUCUUUACUUAUACACUUCCUGCUACCAUGAUCCGAUCCUUCCAUUCAAGAAUCUUUCACCUUGUUGAAUAUGACCGAAUUGAAUGGCGUGAAAGGAGAAAUAAUCCAUUUGUGUUUGAGGUCCUGGAUCCCAAUAAUAACAGCAGCAUAAAACCUAAAUUUGAGAUUCCUCUUCCUAAUCUUAAAUCAAUUCAGGGUACAAGAGUUUAUGUUGACGUGCUUUCUUGUAAUGGUCUUUUUUACUUGAGCGGUGCAAAGUAUAGAAACAUUUCGCUUGUUUGUAACCCGAUUACAGGUGAGUUCAUACGACUUCCAAAAAACCCUUCAAUCCUGAAACUUUGCAAGCAAAUAUGUUGGGGUUUUGGUUUCCACCCAAAAUCAAACCAAUACAAGGUAAUGAGAAUACAUAUUUUUAAACAUGAUCAUAGUAUGGUUGUUGAAAUGCACACAGUUGGAACAUCGACAUGGAUAAAUAUUGAGGUAGAUUAUCCCAAAUAUUUGAGAAAUUUGUAUAAUUAUUGUACUUAUUUAAAUGGGGCACUUCAUUGGACUGGUAAGGAUGUUGAUGGAAAUGUGUCAAUAUGGGCUUUCAAUUUCGACACUGAGAGGUUCCAAUCCUUUUCUAUGGCGCCCAGGGAUCAAGAUAUGGAGAUGGAGAAUCUUGGACAUCCAUUUUUCGGUAUUCUGCAAGUUUCGACAAGCACGUAAUGCCUUCAAGGUGCACUGAGGAGUUCCGCCUCAGGAAGAUCAACAAUGACAAACUGAAGGCUGAGGCAAAGGCUAAUGGACAAAAGAUCAGUACCAAGAGACAGCCUGAGGGACCUAAACCUGGAUUCAUGGUUGAAGGUGCCACAUUAGAGACUGUGACUCCCAUUCCAUAUGAUGUUGUCAAUGAUCUUAAAGGAGGGUACUAGGUUGUUGUUUCUUGUUUUUUUGGAAUUUACUUAGUUUUGUUUGGAUAUUGAGUCCUCUUUCCUUUUUGCAUUGGGAAGCCAUAUAUUUUUAUGAACAAUCAAACUCAAGUUUUGUCUUGUUUAUUUAACUCUA